AUGGUUUCGAUAGUGGAGUAGUAAUCAUAGCAAAGCUAGCGGCCUAGUAAACAGUGCGAGAAGAGCUGGAGUGCUAUGUAGGUAGUUACUGAGCGUAUAAUUAAGGCCCACGCAAGAAAGUUAUUGAAUUUAGAAUUCGACCCUCAGCGAUAUGGAAAUAUUCGGUGUGUCAUUGCUGAACUGUGUUUUUUGUUGUUCAUUUUUGUGGAGGAUGUGAUCAUUCGUGUAUUGUCGUGUAACAGAAAUCUUACAUGAAUGAUGCCAUCACUAAGAAAGAAAGUGGUAGGCUUUAUAAGGCAACUAUCAGUUAAUACUCAGCAAGAAAAUGUAACCUGUGAAAAAUAUCAACAGUCAGAUUCUCCUGGAAGUUGUUUCAUUCACCGCUAUUUAAGUGGUCAUGAUGUUCGUUCAGACGAACCUGUCAUUCUCCAUGGGCGAAACCCUCAUGAACUUCCAGUUCGGUCCUUGGGUUCUGUUGUGAAAGGAGUUGAGACAGUAUUUGCAGCUGUGACAGGACCAGAUGGUGGAUUGACGACUGUCAACAGGCGUCAGAGGCAUUUGUCAGCUAGUGAUCCAGAUGUUGACUACAUUGAUAUUCACGAUCAACAAGCAGAGCACGACCGUUCCACAGUUACAGCAAGUGGUUGUAAUUCCACUCAUGGAUAUGAGCAAUGGUUCCAUGGUCAACCUCGUAUUAAUCGGACUUACCCAAUAGAUAAUUCAGUAAUGAACAUUCGAGCUGCAGGAUCUGUCUUCAGUGUUGGGAAAUUGUCUGUACAGACAAGUGUAUCUGAUUUGCCUUCUGCAGUUGAUGUUUCAGAAGAAACUAACCAAAACAAAGAAUCAUCUCUGGGGAAUACUGUGUGCAGUAGUUCCAAAACUAUAAAGAAUUCAAAUGAAUCUUUGACAGGGAAUGCAAAUGUUGGAGGGAUCAUCGAAGACAAUUACCUGGGUACAGAUAAUGCUAAUGCAGAACUUUCAACCACCAACAUUGAUAAUUCAAAUGGAAGCAAUUCAGAGUUUAACAGGAAUGCACAGAUUGUGGCUGCGGGAUAUUCUGAUAAUACAACUACACAUUUGCUAGAUAAAGCAGAGAACAAUGCUGAAGAAAGUUUAGGAAUAGAGAAAAAUGUGUGUAAUACAUCCUCUGGAAAUGGAGCCAAUGUUGAAAGUUUGACUGCAGAUAACAUAUAUUCAAGAAAUUUUCCUUAUGAAAAGAGUGGCCGGCGAACUGUUGCCGUGGAAAGUAUUGAUGUCUUUCAUACCAGUAACAUUCUAGAAGAAUGUGUAAUACCACCACCUGCAGAAUAUGCUUCUGCCAAUUACUGGGCUAAACAUAUGUCACCCAUACGAAAGUCUAAGAGUGCUCCACCUCCAUUGUCAGCUGGAGGUAUUGAUGCAUCACAGAUUUCUUCUGAACCAGAGGAAAUAGCUGGUAUUUUGAAUUGGUUUCAUCCACAUCCUGAUGCAUUUGGUGUUGCUACAACUUUGUAUGAGAAACAUCCAAUCACCCAAGAAAAUGCUGGAGACCCAAUUGCUGACUGCUUUGCUAUAGUAGCAAGAGAAAAUUCAGCUGUCUUGGCACUUGCAGAUGGAGUUAACUGGGGUGAGAAAGCCUGUGUUGCUGCAAGAAGUGCAAUACAUGGAUGUGUGGAAUAUCUGAACAAAGCUUUCUUCACCCCCGGAGUCUCCGCAUCAAAAGUUACAAACACAAUGGAGGUAUUUGUUGCCUUGUUGAGGUCCUUCCAUGCUGCACACAGCCUUAUUUUGCAAGAGGAUGGCAUGCUGACUACCUUGACAGCAGCAGUUGUGUUACCCUUGACUGCAGUGGACAAAUAUGUUGUUUGUGUGUGUAAUGUAGGGGAUAGUCUUGCGUACGUCUACAGCAAGAAAUAUGGUGUACGAGAAAUAACAAAAGGAUCUCAUGAUAUCCAUUGCAUGCGAGACAUGAGGGAUGCACUUGGAGCUUUAGGCCCAGUGGAUGGUCAGAAUCCAGAAUUAAAUAACCUGACCUGUUCCAUGACUGAAGUGGAGCCUGGCGAUAUUGUGUUUCUUACAUCUGAUGGGGUUUCUGACAAUUUUGAUCCUGUUGUAGGCAAGUUUGCAGUACUUCCACCUGCACAACCAAGCUCAUCAGCAGAAAACACGAAGGCGGCAGGGAACACUAUGAAUAUCACGGGAAGUACUAUGAAAGUGCCAUCGACCAAUACAUCCUCUAGGGCAAAUGCAAACAGUGACAUUUUACCUAGUUCACUACCCACAGUACAGGCAUAUCAGAGACAUGAACUGUCAUUGUUAAGAAUGGAGGACUUGUUAAAGAAUGGAGUAUCUGGUAAUGGACCACCCUGUGAUGAUGCCAAGACUCUUUGUGAACUACUCUUAGAUUUUGCAACAAGGCUUACAGCAGCAAAACGUCACAUUUUAGAAGAUCCAGAUCUGUAUUAUACAGUUUCUGAAAAUUCUGAUCAACUAAAGGAACUCAGUAAAUCCGAGCAACGAACAAGACGAAAGAAGGUAUGUGAAAAAUUGGCAAUGGUACCAGGAAAACUUGAUCAUGCCACUGUUGUAGCCUACAAAGUUGGAGUUCACCACAAGGAAGAAGCAACAGCAACUAAAAUAUCUUCCAACAAGGAAAUUACUGAAAAAACAGAUGAGAACUAUUUAGAAACUAUUUUGUAGAUAUGACAUAACUCUUAUGGGCAGUGUAGCUUUAAUAAUGGGAGUACAUUGAAUUUUAAAUUUCGGUAAUUAAUUCUCAUUUGGUUUCGUGCUGCGAAAUGCAAGAUAAUUUUGAUAGUCUUGGUGAGAAAUUGUGUUAUGAGGCACUUUAAAAGCUAAGCACAAAAAUUCACGAGAAAAAUCUUGUUUAUUCUCUCCUGGAUAUCUUGUGCUGUCCAAGGAAAAGUAGAGCAGAUAGACAUAAGAUGGAUUCCCAUCUUUUUCUGUGACUCAGCUGUGGUUUUCCAGUAACUGGCUUAAUCUAUUAGACAUUCAUAGCUGUGCAGCCAGUACUGAAAAUAAGAUAUUUCACAGUAGUUAUAUAAAAGGAAUCAUAUUUACCAGUGCAGGUUGCACCCACUGAACUAUUAGACAUGGAAAUACCAUUGCUUGAAGCAAGGUUGGCCUAUUAAAAUUUCAUGCGAAAGCAAUGCCUCUAAAUUUUUCCCCUCUUAAUGCACAUAUUCAUUAUUUAUUAAAUCUGACACUAAUGACUCCUGUAGUUUAUAAUUUUGUAACAGAUUUUUUGUUUGAAAUUUUGGUUUGCGGAUUGAUGAUCUUUCGUGAUUUUAGAAUAAGUUUACAACUGUUCCACUCUAAAAAGCAACAACAUUCCUCAAUGAUAAAAAGGCACUAAAGGAACUGAAUCUGCUUUGCAUGCUGUUUCUCUGCUAGUGAGUUUUAUAAAUGAAAGGUUGUUAUGUGGCUCUUCAAAAGUGAGACUGACAUUCUCAACUUGGUUUGCCAGCCAAGGGAAAUAUUAAAACCAUUUCUAUGCAUUCCGAAUCAGUAUCUACAUCCAAGACUGAAUUUAAAAAAAUCUUUUGUGAUUUAUCUAAAAAUAGUUUCAGGGUAGCACCCUAUCCUUGUUGCACCAUUAAUAAAUAGUGUUUGUAAUACAGAUUUUUGUUUUAGUAAUCACACAAAAAUGAACACCAUUCAGUUGUAAAACUGUGAUACAUUUUUUGCAAAAUUGUAAAACUUUGGGAACCAAAUUGACUAACUUUACUGUAUUCAACCAUAGACUAUUUAUUGCCAUAUGACCAGUUGUGUUGCUGUUUAUCAGUAACUUAAGUAUAUAGGAAUGGAAUAGGAAAAUCCUCAAAGUUACUAAAGGUAACUCUAAAUAACCAAGUAUACCGAUACAGCUUAUGCCAUCCUUACAUGUAGAUUAUGGUACAGAUUUAUGAAGAUUAUGCAGAGUCUGUCUUGUUUGUUGUCUGAAUUUGCCCAAAUCAUGUCAUGUUUUACUCUAAUUGAUACUGAAGAUGUUGGUUUUCAGGUUGCAUAUGUUGAUAGGAUAGAUUCCGAAAGAAUAGAACUAGAUAUUCUUGUGAUCAAGUCCCUUGCAUCAUUUGAAGGUACUACUGAUUGGGUAUUUCUGUCACUACAGGAAUAUGUAACACAGAGAAGUAGUGUUGAACUACACAGUCAGAUAUAUUUUAAAAAGUAAAAUGGGCAGUACAGAGAAAUUUAUUGAAAUGUAUAGUUUUGAAAUGUGGGAAGACCUUCAAAGGAAAACAAAAUAUGCAUAAUUGGGUUAAAUGUUAUUACUCCUAACUUAAUACCUAUAAAAAUUCACCAAAAUGUUCUCUAUCAGAAAAAGAGCUUGUAGUUUGUAUAUAUGGUAAUAUCUGAAACUUGUUUCAUCUGCCUUUGCCAGUCUUUAAAAAUUUAUUGACGGACAGUAAGGUUGCUACUUCAACGCUUGGGUACUCUUACAGGUUUUACCUAAUUUUAAAAGUCAGUAAUGUUCACAGAAACUGUUUAUUUUUAGAAAACAUGUUCAGUCACACUCUUGAGAAAUGUGGGCCUAUCUGUGUGUGUGUGUGUGUGUGUGUGUGUGUGUGUGUGUGUUUUGGUUACUCUGUAUUAAUUUAAAACUAUAUAAACCUAUAAUUUAAUUGCUACAUAAACGUAACAAAUGAAAUUUCAUCUAACUAGAAGUUUGUGAUGCUCAAAUGUUUGUAUUAAUUUACUUGAUACUUUGAUGGCUGAUGCUCUAGAGAAUUACAAGUACUUGUGUAAAUAUAUUUAAAUUAGGAGAAGAAAUCAUCUAAAUGAAUCUUGCAGCAUACAAACUAGAGUUGACACAAGUUUACGUAACAAUAACUGUUACAUACUACUGUACUUUUGUAAGAUUGUUAUUGUGAAUGUUUUAUGGCUGUGAUUGUUGUAAGAAGUUAGUUCUUCGUGUGAAUUGUAAUGUGUGGGUUGUCAUUAACGGUUUUCACUAUAAAUUUAUAUAAUGUGUACAGUUUCCCGUAAAUACAUACUGUGACAAAAAAAUUGGUAGUUCACAAAAGAUAUUAUUUUUGUUGAUAUUGUAUAAUUUGAAUAAUUGCUUUCUGUGACAUGGCUAGAUUAUUGUAGUUGUUGCAGUUAGAUAUUUAUGGAGUAUGGGAUAUUUAAGUUGUCAGUAUAUUUGUGACAAACUGAAAAUACAAAAAAAAAAAGAAAAAUGUUGACAGGGCAUUCCACUGAAUAAAUGCUGCUAUCUGUGAAAAUGAUUUACUUCAGGAUUCAGUGUUAUUUAAAUAUACUAAUACCUUAGAUAUGCAUUUUUCUUUAGCAGUUUUGUUUCACUGAAUCUAAAACGUUUAUUAUGAAACCAAAUGUUAAUCAUAGCAUUGAACUGUCAAUGAGUGAAUUGUUUUGUGUUAUUUGCAAACCACUGGAAGCUACUUGUUACUAAGUGAUAAUUUUGUGACGACUAUAAAAGAAAAAUCUGUAGAAUAUGACACUUGCUGGUCAAGUGUGUAUUUGGUUUAUCUGCUAUUUAUGUAGAAAAUGACGACACUCAGUUAUUCAAAAGUGUAAUGUGUGACUGUGAUAAAAAGCAAUAUACAUUAUAUAACAUGGAGCACUUUCACAAACUGAAGCAGUCAAACACAAACUUUGUUAUAGCAUUUUUUCUUACAGUUGUUUAUGGUCUCUGAUUAUUUCAAUAGAAAUUAAUAAAGCUUUCCUUGGACUUAAUUUUUAAA